CUCUUCUUCUUCUCCUCCAAAUCCUCUGUUUCUGUUGUGGAGAAGCUGGAUGUGGUGAUAGUUUCCUUCCACUUGGUCGAGUUAAAUAUGUUGUUGGUGGGGUGUUGCUGUUGCAUGUUGUUGUUGUUAUUUGCUUUUGUGGUUUUCUGUGAAAUAUAUCUACCUCAGACAAUUUCAAGAAAAAUGGAUGGGAAGACAAUCAAGAUUUAUGGAUUGCCUAAUACUGUCACUGCAAUUGAGGUAAAAAAGUUUUUGGAGAAACAUGUUAGCAAAGGGUCAGUGGCUGCAAUUAAGGUUAGACACCAAGAAGAAGGUGAAGGAAGUUCAAAAACUUUAGUAGUUGUUCAGUUCUUGACCAGCAAGCUUGCUAAAAAGAUCACUUGGAGAGCUCGGCAGGGUCAUCUAAAGUAUAAAACAUUUGCUUUGACAACUAAAAGUGCAGAACGUGAAAUUGUGCCAGAGCCAAGAAAACCUUGGUUUACUUUGGAGGGUGCAACAUUGCAUUUGGGUUGCCCAAUUUCAUCAAAAGAGUUCUCCAUUCUAUGCUGUUUUAAUCAUGUCAGGGUUGACUUUGGUGCUAAUUUAAGGAAAAUAUAUUUCUUUAUAUCAUCAGGGAGUCAGUCAUAUAAACUUGAACUUUCUUAUGAGAGCAUUUGGGAAAUAAAGCUGCUCCGUUGUCACAAAAGCAAAAAGUUUCACAAAGGCAAGAAGGCUGAGGAAGACAAAAAAUUCCUCCUGGUUCAGGUACAAGCAGCGCCUCGUAUUUAUGAAGUUCCUGGACAAAAUUCUGGCACUUUUUAUGAAGAUGCUCGUUUUAAUUAUUUCAAGGAUAUUCCAGAUGAUCUGUGGAUCAGAACCACAGAUUUCACUCCUUCAUGCAGUAUUGCCCAAUCUUCAGCAUUCUGUUUGCAGUUACCCAAUGCCUGCAAUCUUCCAAAUAUUCAAGAAUACUUCGUUUACUACGAAGAAGUUAAUCACCCAUUCCACUUGUUGAAAGGUUCAUCUUUCUCUCGGAGCUUGGAUUUGGUUCCCAUUGUACAACCUUCACCUGGGAUUGAAGUGCCUUACAGAAUUCUUUUCAAGAUAAAUCACAUGGUUCAAAUUGGCACACUCAUGGGCCCAACACUUGAUGACAAGUUCUACAAAUUAGUUUCUCCUCAUUCUGAACUACCCAUCAACUAUAUAAAACGAGCAUUGGAAGAUAUGUCAUACUUGAAGAGCUCCUGCCUUAAUCCUGCAACUUGGUUGCAGGAGAAGUAUCAGGAAUUUCAAACAUCGAAUCGUGUCACGAAAUCAUCCUUGAUUUCUUUAGAUUCCGGUUUGGUGUAUGUUCAUCGGGCUCAAGUGACUCCAUGUAAAGUUUACCUCUACGGGCCGGAGAUUAAUGUUUCGAAUGGUGUGUUACGGCAUUUUUCAAAAGACAUUGAUAAUUUUAUCCGGGUUUCUUUUGUUGAUGAGGAUGGUGAAAAAAUGUUCUCAACAGAUUUAUCACCUCGUUCAGGCAAUGACAAGAGGACAGCUAUCUACCAGAGGAUACUUUCUACGAUACGGAAUGGCAUAUGUAUCGGUGAGAAGAAGUUUGAAUUUCUUGCUUUCUCGUCGAGUCAGUUAAGGGAAAAUUCUGCAUGGAUGUUUGCUUCAAGGCCUGGAUUAACAGCUGCCGAUGUCAGAAAAUGGUUGGGUGAUUUUCGCAAGAUAAGAAAUGUGGCCAAGUACGCAGCAAGGCUGGGCCAAUAUUUCAGUUCAUCUACUGAAACUCUAAUAGUUCACAGUGAUGAGGUUGAAGUUAUUCCUGAUGUUGAAAACUCAGCUGGUCAUUUGUUCUCAGAUGGAAUAGGUAAAAUCUCACCUGAAUUUGCCAGAGCAGUGGCUGAAAAAUGCCGCAGAACAACUUCGACGUAUUCAGCAUUUCAGAUCAGAUAUGGUGGCUAUAAGGGUGUUGUUGCUGUCGACCCUACAUCAUCGAUGAAGUUAUCCCUGAGAAAAAGCAUGUCAAAAUACGAAUCAGAGAACAACAAACUUGAUGUCCUGGCUUAUAGCAAGUAUCAAGCGUGUUAUCUUAAUCGUCAGUUGAUUACUCUUUUGUCAACUCUUGGAGUUGGAGAUGAUGUAUUCGAAAGCAAACAAACAGAAGCUGUCGAAAGAUUGGAUAAGAUCUUGGAAGAUCCAGCCAAUGCACAAGAAGCAAUUGAGAUGAUGUCUCAGGGAGAAACAACUAAUGUGCUCAAUGAAAUGUUGUCAUGUGGUUAUAAGCCUGAUGCAGAACCAUUUCUUUCAAUGCUGCUGCAAACAUUUAGAGCAACGAAGCUGCUGGAACUGAGAACUAGAUCAAGGAUAUUUAUUCCCAAAGGGAGGUCUUUGAUGGGAUGCUUGGACGAAACACGAACUUUGGAUUACGGUGAAGUGUUUGUACAAGUUUCUCUCAGUAGAAACAAACAUAUCUAUGAUGAUGGUCUCUCUGAAUUUAGUGGAAGCGAACUCAAAAGCGGUACUGAUGUUGUUAGAGGAAAAGUAAUUGUUGCAAAGAAUCCUUGCCUCCAUCCUGGUGAUAUACGUGUCCUGCAGGCGGUUGAUGUUCUCGAUUUGCAUCAUAUGGUUGACUGUGUUGUUUUUCCGCAAAAGGGGAAGAGACCCCAUCCGAACGAGUGUUCAGGGAGUGACUUGGAUGGAGACAUAUACUUUGUGAGUUGGGAUCCAAUGCUCAUUCCACCUUGUCAGGAUGAACCUAUGGACUACACCCCAGCAAAACCUGUGAUCCUCAAUAAUGAUGUUACAAUUGAGGAAGUCCAGGAGUAUUUUGUAAACUAUAUGUUGAAUGACAGCUUAGGAGUUAUUUCAAAUGCCCACACAGUCUUUGCUGAUAAAGAGCCAUUGAAAGCUCGAAGUGAAGAAUGUCUAGAACUUGCAAGAUUAUUCUCUAUCGCGGUCGACUUCCCCAAGACAGGUGUCCCUGCUGAAAUCCCACCAAAUCUUCAUGUCAAGGAAUAUCCAGAUUUCAUGGAGAAACUAGACAGAGUGACAUAUAUAUCCGAGGGAGUGAUCGGAAAGCUCUUCAGAGAGAUUAAAGGCCGCGAUCCUAAUUCAUGCCAUAUAAAGGCCUUCACUAAGGAAACAGCAGAGCAGUGCUAUGACAAAGACAUGGUGGUUGAUGGCUUCGAAGAGCAUGUCAAUGAUGCUUCUUUUUUCAAGAAUGAGUAUGAUACCAAGUUAGGGAAUCUCAUGGAUUACUAUGAGAUCAAAACUGAGGGUGAGAUUCUCAGUGGAAGUAUAAUGAAAGCAUCCAAAUCUUUCAAUAGGUACAAAGAUGGUGAAGCACUAAUAUUAGCUGUGAGGUCAUUGAGGAAGGAAGCAAGUGGAUGGUUUAAUGAGAAGAGCCAUGAUCACGGUGACGACGAAGAUGAAGCUUUUGCGAAGGCGUCGGCUUGGUAUCAUGUUACCUACCAUCCUGACUACUGGGGUAUCUACAAUAAAGGAUUGAACCGGCCUCAUUUCUUAAGCUUCCCUUGGUGUGUCUAUGAUAAGCUGAUUAUGAUCAAGCAGAAGAAGAUGAGAAUGAAGAGAGCUGUUGAAAUGCUCCAACGUAGAAUGAAGCGAGGUUUGGAUUUACGUUGAUGCAAAUGCUGGAUCACUACGUUAAAGAUAAUCCAAAUAAGUAAGAAUUGUUAUAAGUUCCAUAUAAGAUAUAAUUUGAGUGUCUGUGUGUUUAUCUAGCUUGAGUUUGAAUUGGAACCAAUUAUUUUUAAUUGGAUUUGAAAUAUGUGGUGUGCAUAAGACCUCUACAUGCAAACUAUUAUGUGUGUAAUGAAAUAAUCCUUUCGUUAAUGUUUGGGAAGGAAUUUUAGA